AUGCAAUAUUCUAUCGAUAUUCCGAUCGAAUUACUGCAAGCCAUCAUCCUCGAGCUCAACAAAUGCAGCCAACAACUCCACAACCGUAAUCUUGGUCUGGCAGCCGACACCAUCACCGUCACUGACAUCCUCCGAUUCUGGGUUCUGAACGCCUCCGCUUCUGUCCCCGAGCCCGAAGCCAAAGCCGGCGGAGAUGAAGAUGCAAUUCGUCUUGUCGCCAAAGAUGUCGUGGCAUCGAUUCAAAGCUGUCUCAACGCCAUCCACGAACUAAGAGCGCAUCAUCGGAAAAUCGUCCAAUUGAAAAGGGAUGUCCUGGAGGUUUUGGAGCAGGAGAGAGUGGAGAAGAAGGCGGAGGUUUUGAUGAGACGGUCCUCGAAGGGUGAGAGCAGCGGUAGUUGA